GGGCGAAGUGACCAAGCGGCAGCAGCGGUGGCGGCUUUGCUGAGGUGACAAUGUGCUAGGAGCCGUCGCUCAGUCUCCUGCGUCUCCUCGGCCUCCGCGCCCUCUCUCGCCGUGCUCGCCAAGCCCUCCAGCCCGCCGCUGCGCGCUAUGAGGGCUCCUCUUUGGAGCUGGCCAAAGCCGGAGCCGGCUUACUCUGCUCGCUGGGAAGUGUGAAUAUAGGGACGCGCGAGGGAUCCAGGACUGUGCGAGGCGCUCCCCGCCGGCGGAUUCCAGGUGAGAGUAGACCGCGCGCUGGGCACUGGGCUGCGCGCCUUUUGGGUUUGAUCAGCGUGUGAACUCAGUACGUGGACGUCGUUGCCUCUUAGUGGCAUCCUUGGCCACGGAUAGCAGAUGCAUUUUGUGGGAAUAUUUUGAGGAUGAAUGUUUGCAAAUCAUUUUGAAAUUGCCAAGCACUGUAUACAUGGGAUGCAUCCUGGUUUUAUUCUGGAUUUCAAGUUUGUGGCUUGGAUUUCUCACAGUCACAUCUGUCUUCGAUUUGUGUGUUAAGUAGAAAUCAAAGAAAGAAAUGAGGAGAUUUGUUUACUGCAAGGUGGUUCUCGCCACUUCGUUGAUGUGGGUUCUUGUGGAUGUGUUCUUACUUCUCUACUUCAGUGAAUGCAACAAAUGUGAUGACAAGAAAGAGAGAUCCCUGCUGCCUGCACUGAGGGCUGUCAUUUCAAGAAACCAAGAAGGACCAGGAGAAAUGGGAAAGGCUGUGCUGAUUCCAAAAGAUGACCAGGAGAAAAUGAAAGAGCUAUUUAAAAUCAAUCAGUUUAACCUUAUGGCCAGUGAUUUGAUUGCCCUUAACAGAAGUCUGCCGGAUGUAAGAUUAGAAGGAUGCAAGACAAAGGUCUACCCUGAGGAACUUCCAAAUGCAAGUGUAGUCAUUGUGUUUCAUAAUGAAGCUUGGAGCACCCUUCUUAGAACUGUUUCCAGUGUCAUCAACCGGUCCCCACACUAUCUACUCUCUGAGGUCAUCUUGGUAGACGAUGCCAGUGAAAGAGAUUUCCUCAAGUUGACAUUAGAGAAUUAUGUGAAAAAUUUAGAAGUGCCAGUAAAAAUCAUUAGGAUGGAAGAGCGCUCUGGGUUAAUACGUGCCCGCCUUCGAGGAGCAGCUGCUUCAAAAGGGCAGGUCAUAACUUUUCUUGAUGCACACUGUGAAUGUACUUCGGGAUGGCUGGAGCCCUUGCUGGCAAGAAUAAAGGAAGACAGGAAAACAGUUGUAUGUCCUAUCAUCGAUGUGAUUAGUGAUGAUACCUUUGAAUACAUGGCUGGGUCAGACAUGACUUAUGGGGGUUUUAACUGGAAACUGAAUUUCCGCUGGUAUCCUGUUCCCCAAAGAGAAAUGGAUAGGAGGAAAGGAGACAGAACAUUGCCUGUCAGGACCCCUACUAUGGCUGGUGGCUUAUUUUCUAUUGACAGAAACUACUUUGAAGAGAUAGGAACUUACGAUGCAGGAAUGGAUAUCUGGGGUGGAGAGAAUCUUGAAAUGUCUUUUAGGAUCUGGCAGUGUGGAGGAUCCUUGGAGAUUGUGACCUGCUCACAUGUUGGUCAUGUUUUUCGGAAGGCAACUCCAUACACUUUUCCUGGUGGCACUGGUCAUGUGAUCAACAAGAACAACAGGAGACUGGCAGAAGUUUGGAUGGAUGAAUUUAAAGAUUUCUUCUAUAUUAUAUCACCAGGUGUUGUCAAAGUGGAUUAUGGAGAUGUGUCAGUCAGGAAAACACUAAGAGAAAAUCUGAAGUGUAAGCCUUUUUCUUGGUAUCUCGAAAACAUCUAUCCGGACUCCCAGAUCCCAAGACGUUAUUACUCACUUGGUGAGAUAAGAAAUGUCGAAACCAAUCAAUGUUUAGACAACAUGGGCCGCAAGGAAAAUGAAAAAGUGGGGAUUUUCAACUGUCAUGGUAUGGGAGGAAAUCAGGUAUUUUCUUAUACUGCUGACAAAGAAAUCCGAACCGAUGACUUAUGCUUGGAUGUUUCUAGACUCAAUGGACCUGUAAUAAUGUUAAAAUGCCACCAUAUGAGAGGAAAUCAAUUAUGGGAAUAUGAUGCUGAGAGACUCACCUUGAGACAUGUUAACAGUAACCAAUGCCUCGAUGAACCUUCAGAAGAAGACAAAAUGGUGCCUACCAUGCAGGAUUGUAGUGGAAGCAGAUCCCAACAAUGGCUGCUAAGGAACAUGACCUUGGGGGCAUGAAUUCCGAAGACAUUUUCCCCCAAGCCAUGGAAGUGUCUACACUUUUGUUUUCCAUUAUUUCAAUUAGGGGAAAAUAUUAACUUUGCUUAACUGAAAGUUUUAAAAUCCUUUUAGUAUUCUAAGACACAGUUGUUUAUAAUUCAUUUUUAGGAAUGUUUGCUUAUUUCCCUACUGGAAUUUGUAUCUGAUAAAGAAGCACAUAAAAUGGUAUAAAUAACAGCAAACUGUUAUUAAACAUUACAACAACUUGAAAAAUGAAUUGUGUGGGUUUUUUUUUUUUUUUUUAUAUAAUGAUUUCUUUCAUCUCAUAGGAUCAACUAGGGAGUCAUUUUUAUUUUAUCUCGUCAUAGUGAUUGAAAGAACAAUAAUAUAAAAUGCCUUAUAAAACACUUUCAUUCUUAAAUAUUAUCAAUUUUUUAAAUAUCUCUUGUUUCUAUUGAACUUUCAUGGAAACAUAUUGGAUUUACACAUCAACAACCGGUCUACGUAUUAUUUCUGAACAGUGAAUUCAUCAUACAAAUAGAUUCCAAGCUUUGUACCAGGAAAACAGUUAAACUUGAUAUUGAACAUAUAGAGUCCUUAUGAAAGUAUCACAUCUAAACAAACAAAAAAACAGAAAGAGAAGGAAAAUUAGAAAAUUCAAUUUAAAUCACAUUAAGUCAGAAGCUAAUGAGGCAUUGAAUGAAGCAAGCUAAGCUACAACAAUUAAAUCAUUAUAAGGGA